AUGGGGAAAUCAGUCAUCAUCAUUGGAGCCGGUGUAUUUGGCAUCUCAACGGCCUGGCAUCUGUCGCGAGACCUAGGAUACAACAAGUACAGCUCGAUCCGGGUUUUGGAUAGAUUUCCCCCUCCAUCGCAGGUCGCUGCGGGUACAGAUAUAAACAAGAUCAUUCGCACCGAAUACGCGGACCAGGAAUACACAGAAUUAGCCCUGGAAGCGGUGAAAGCCUGGACCGACCCCAACGCAAUAUUCGCGAAACAUUUUCAUCCGUCCGGCUGGCUAUUAUGCGCCAGUGGUGACAGCGUGCCGUUCAUCGAGCAGAGUGAGCGCAAUGCCAAAGCCAAAGGCGUUCAUUCUGCACAGUUUAUGACGCCGGCGGAGGUGAGCUCAACAUGGCCCGUCUUCAAUGGGCCAAUGCCCGGCUGGAAGAUCCUGGCAGAUCCAGACGCAGGUUGGGCGACGUCUGGAAAAGUGAUGCUCGAGAUGGCCAGCGAAAGUGCCUCCCGCGGCGUAGUCUUCUCGUCAGGGGAUGCAGGAAACGUCCAGACAAUCCUAUUUAAUAAGAAAGGUGCCGCCAUCGGAGUUCGCACUUUUGGCGGCAUUUCAUACUAUGCAGACAAUAUCAUCCUCGCUGCUGGCGCGAACAGUGCCAGUCUUCUCGAUAUGGAAAACCAACAGUGUGCAUUAGGUCACACGGUUUGCUUCAUCCAGCUUGAGCCGCACGAAGUUGCGCGAUACAAGAACAUGACACUAAUUGCGAAUAUCGAAGAGGGAUGCAUAUUUCCCCCGGAUGAGAACAGAGUGAUCAAAGUUGCCUCUGUCCACUUCGUCACGAAUUUCAAAACAUCAAAAAUAUCCGGCGUCUCUCUGCCUAGGUUCCGCGAAGAUAACCCCGGGGACGGCGUUCCGAAUGCCAUUCAGAGGCGCCUGCGAAACUGGGUGCGCGAGGUCGUGCCAGACCUAGCCGAUAGACCAUGGUCGGAUACACGGAUGUGCUGGGAAGCCCAGACUCCAAGCGACAACUUCAUUAUCUCCCAGCACCCUGGCCAUGAAGGCCUCAGUAUCACUACCGGCGGUUCUGGCCAUGCGUUCAAGUUCAUUCCUAUCAUUGGAAUGUAUGUCUCGCAGCUGCUCGACGGCACUCUGCCUGAGAAGCUGAAGGUCAAAUGGCGAUGGGCACCGUCCACCACAGCGUUGACAAGCAGACCAGGCGCCAAACACAUGUUUGCUGCUCCGAUGCAGGAGCUGGGGGACUUGCCAGGCUGGCAGCCCCUUGCAGCUAAACUGUAA